CACACCAAACAGACUGCAGCCUAAAGAAAUUUCUCUCUGCUUCGUAAUUUCAAAUUUAGUUUUUUGCCCAUUUUUUGCGCAGUUGAUUAAAAAUCCGAAAUGAGAGGGGUCGACGGGGUUCUCCUCAUUGAUUUCUGCAACGAAUGUUCCGAAUUUAAGUGGGAUUGCGUUUGUUCAGAUGAUGACGACAAGAAGAAGGACGUCUUGGGCUCGUCGGAUGACGAGGACGACCAGCAAGUCGUCAAUCCAAACGACACCACAAAUUGGAAGGAGUUUGCGAUCUUGCCGUAUCAGGACAGGCGGAAGUUUACGCUGGGGACUAAAUUUACCUCGUGGGAAGACCAAGGAGAGUUCAUCUUCUUGAACAUCCCCGACCAGCGUAACCGUAACUUCGACUACUCCUCUGACGACGACUCGGAUUCUGACUACGACGACAGAUGGACCAUGAGGACGGCGUCACUUGUCGAAAUAUCCUGCAAUAAUGGACAGUACUACAUAAUGCCGAUGCGAGCAGCCCACCUUGUAGUCAAUGGUCAAGAUAAGAGUUGCUCAUGCGGCCGACAUCACAGCAGUUAUCGGCUCGAACUUAAUUUUGGAGACAGAUUGGAAAUUUCUUUGGCUCCGGGGGGUUUGCAAAGGGAAAAGAUCACGCUACUGUUCAAAGAGAGAACCUUCAAACCUGACGUCGAUAAGGACGCUGAAAAGGUUCCACAGGAAGAAAAUAAUGUGGAUUUUGUCCCUGGACGGAACCACUUGAUCUUGUCCCAGAUCUUGACCUAUCUUCCUGUCCAAAGUCUGAAGUGCGCGCGCCUCGUAUGCCGCGAUUGGAACGAGCUAGGGUCCCGAAUCCUGCGAAAGAGGGGAUACGCCACGUUCACGUUUUCGUACGAGGGUGGCUGCACGACCCAAAAUGUCAACGCUUCGAUGCAGUUUUACCGGUACAUUCAGGAAAUGGGGGACGCGCCCAUGCCCAAUUGGACCUUUUUCCUGCCCACUUUUGAACCCGAGAUGUACCCAUUUUCCGAGAGCGGAUUUAAUAUCUCCAAACAUAAACCGGGCGGAAAAUAUAUCAUGGAUUUGGACUGGUUCCUGCACCCGAAUCGGGGACAUCACGUUAAAAGAUUGGUGCUGCAUGGAGCCCUCGAGGCACGGUUUGACUACAAAAUCUUCGUCAAGGUUGUCACGAAACUGCAAGAAACUCUACAAGAGUUAACCCUCAAGAUCGAGAUGAACCUUGUGACCGUUACCGGGCAAGAAAUCGAAUAUCAAAUCGUGACAAAUCUCCAAUUCCAGCAGCUCAAAACCUUCUCUUUCUUCCUGGUUGGAAUGAAUUCCCGUCAAUCGGACAUGACCGCGUUCAACCUCGCUUGGUUGGCGCCCUGGGCAUCCGCAAUUAGAAAUGUCGACUCCAUCCUCAUUAACGGGCAUUCAGUCCUGUCCUCAUUUUUGGUGAAACACAUGCGCACCGUGGGACCCUCGUCGUACCCUAAUUUGACCCAAGUGAGUACUCCCUUUAUCCACGAGGCGGGACCCAUCCUCGACUUUCUGCUCAGAUUAGAACAACCCUUGACCAGUUUAAGUCUGCCGAAGCUCGUGAAAAUGCAGGAUUUUCAAAAUUUUGAAAAAUUGGUGGAGAAAAACGGGAGAACUUUGGAGCACUUGGAAUUUGUCGUGUCAACGUGUGGAGAAGACGGUCAGUCCGGGGUGACCCUUCGGCUUCCCGCGCUCCCCAAGUUGGAAAGGCUGGACUUUUGGGUUAAACGAGGAUCCGAUGAGGGGGUGACGCUUAUCUUUCCGGGGGACGAGGCCAGCAUGAGCUACAAGGCGCACCUGCCGUCCAUCCGGUCACUCCGAAUUUACCCGACGGACAGGAAUUGGCGUGUCUCACGGUUUAAGAGUGGUCGGCAGUAUUGGGAAAAGUAUGGCGGUUUUUUGGACACUUUCCUCCCCAAGAAAGAUGAAGAAAUUUGCACGACUCUGAAAUAUCUGGACAUUCCGUACGAGAUGGGGCGCGACGCGUACCCACGGGGGGCCGAGCUUCCGGGAAUGUUUCCCAAUGUGGAGAAUGAGUUCAUGACCAAAUUUAGGAAGCAUUCUCCUCCCCCACCGGCAACGAAGGGGUACUGGUUGAGAAGUAAAGUUAAAAAGUGAAGGAUUUUUAUGGCAUUGUUUUUUUUCAAAAGUUGAUGAUUUGUUGGGCUGAUAUGUAAUUCUUUUGUGUUCUUUUUGAAAUUUGAUGCUUAAAUUAUGAUGUGUAUCUUUAUGUGUUUGAAAUAUUAUUAACUUUUGCCUGUUUUUAUAUGUGACUGGGAUGUAUUAAAUAUUGGAUUGCUUUUGAAAUAAAUGAGAGAUUUGAUAC